GUGUAGCUUAAGAAGAUGGCCGCCGCGUUUUUGUUUGAUAAGUAUCUUCCCCGUGUUAAUUUUUAUCAGUGUCCGGAACCUGGGUCUGAUAACUCCUUACACAGAAAAGCGUAGUCGUUUUUUUCCAAUAUAGCUGCCACAGACGUGCAUUGAUCAGCUGACAUAGUUCUAGAGAUUUUCGUGUGUAAAACAUCAUUCCUGUGGCCGCCAUACUGGAAAAAAAAGACUACUUUUUUCUGUGAAGGCAGUGGACUAGAACUGGCUAUAAUAUCGUUGUUGCAGUCUAUGCAACCAUUUUUUUUCCACUUAAAACAUGAAAGUGAAUAGCGACGUUAGGGAUUCAAAUUGAAGCGACAAUGGUGCACCGACAAUGUCGCCAUUUCAAAAAUAAAAAUAAAUUUUCUGAAUAGAAUAAGGCCAUACUGCUAUCUAACGGAGAACGUUAUACUAAAGAGACGCAUUUAUAUAUUGUAUGCAUGACAAAAUGGAAAAUUUACAUUUAUUGUCAUGAAAAUAUGUACCUACGUUAGUUCAACGAAGGGUGAUCGAACUUGGGUUAGUACUUGGCUUCAAUCAGCUGCAAGGCUUUGAUAAGAAACAUUGAUAUUCCACUCCAAAGACUAGGUAGCAGCUGCAGCUGUUACCGUUGCCAUUUUUCGUGGUGGCUGUGCCGACACCAACAAAGAUAACAAUAAAAGUAGCCAAUUAAAACAUAUAGGUAUUCUAUAGGUACAACUUUCUUUGUGAGUGAUGAAUGUUAUUGUUGUUGCUUUCCAUAGUAUUAUCAUUUAUCAAAUAACAUAGAUCGCCGUCAACAUGACUGCUACAAACAAAAAUUUGGUUACCGAUGUUACAGUUCUAGUGGAAUAAGGUCGGCACAGAUUCAAAGAACCAGAAGAAGCGGGAUGACCACGACCGUUUGGCGUUAUGUCUUUUAAAGUAUAGAAUGGAUAAAGUAAACAAAUUCAUUCGACCAAUAGGAUUUAGAAGGCGUACUAGGUCAGCCAGUAGUAUUGCAUACCCAGGUAGCAAAGUGCAAAGUGAUGACUCAAGUAGUAAUUCUAAAGACGUAGGCGUUUCAAGUUUAUACCAUAGCGAUUCAGACGAUAUAAGUGGUGCUCCUCAACCAGUUCCAUUUGCUUUAAUUUCCAAACAUAUAAUGAAUCUAGAAUCAGAUUCUGUUAAUGAAAACUUUACUCCUGGUCGACCAUUUACAAGGAGGAAGCGAAAGUUCAAAAAAAUGAUAGUCGAUCCUGACAUCAAGUUCAGUUCUCGAAUAGCUAGUGGCUGUGCACACAGCAGUAUUGAAAAAAAAAGAUUAACACGUCAUUCUGUCAGUAUGCCUAGGUAUAUGGAAACAUCAAAACUACUUAAAAAUUGUGGGUCAUUAAUUCUGGCCAUGGGUAAAAGAAAACGUAGUAAUCGCGAAACUCUUACUAUUAAUAGUCUUCAAGGCACUUCCAGUGCUAAGGCGAUGGAAAUCGACAUUGCAAGUAGUUCGAGUAGUUUGAGUUCAUCUGAAAGCGAAGCUGGGAUAUUCACUAACGAUGAAGGCCAGGAAGGUGACGACGAACAGAGCGAUUGGGUUGGUAAUUCUUGUGGCGCUGGAGGUAUAACUGAUGACGAUAACGAACCUUUAAAAAUUGAUUGUCAAAAACUAUUAUCUAUUAGUCUCCAAAAUAGUAUUACCAAUGAAGGAGGACGAGGACCAGGACGAAUUCCAUUAUGGGCUAGAAAAGCUGGUGAUAGGGAAAUUCGUGGUGGAUUAAGAAGAGUACGUUCUGUAAAACCCAGUUUUUCUGUUUUAACGUCUGCUAAUGAAAAAGUAUCUCGAUUUUUACGAGAUCCCGCUCAGUCUGAACUAAGAUUACACCCAAUGCCAAAAAAUGAACAAGACCAACUGUCACACUUAGCAGAAAUGUACUCGCUUCACAUGCAACUGAAUGAUUCUCCAAAAAAAGGAGUCACUCUGACCAAAACUGAUAAUACAAUUCAGAUGGAUUUAGAAACUUCUUUUUCCCGACUUAACCCUUCUAAGGACCACAAAAGAAAAAAAUCAGCUUCCUCGGAGUUGACUCUAGGUUUACAAGCAUUGCACAACCAGGCAUGGCAACCAAUUGUUCCAUUAGAUAAACCAUGUACAUCAACCCAGGCUGACGACUCAAGUCAAAAUAACUAACAAUGUGAUAUCUAACAAUCUUAAAGGCUGGAAUUAGAAAAUUUAGCUUUCAGCCUCUUGAUGACUAGAUGUUAUUGGCGACACGUAAUUGGCCACAUAUACGUGGCAUACCUAAUUGUUUACGAUUACAGAUAACUACAACAAUUUUCUAUUAUAUUCAAAUUACCAAUUUAUUAAGUCAUUACUUUUAAGCAAAUUCAACUUAUUUUGUAUACAAUAUGAUACAGGCAAAUGCCCUAAUUUUUUUUUAUUUUAUAAUUUUCUUCAAAAUUAUGUUUUUAUAGAACUUUUGACUUGCCCAUUCUCAUUCACAAGCUUACAAAUUACAAUGUAUAAUAGCCAAUAGGCUUUACCUGUUGUACUAUUCCUAAUACCUUGGCCUAUGCUAGUCUAGUUUUUAAUAUUAAAAUAUAUGGUUAAGAAAAGGCUAUAUUUUAAUAUUUUUUGUAUAUAUAUUUAUAACAUAACUUUUAUGUAUCUUUAAGUUCUCGUAUUUAGGAUUCCACUUUAUUGUUGUACUGCUUUACACAUUAUUAUUAUCCAUUAUAUAUUUAUUUUUUAACUACC